AUGCUCAAAAGUGCCUGCCCUCUCAGUGACACCAAGUACAAUCCCCGCCGCAAUGCGACCCCUCCCACAGUCACAUACAUCUUGGAGACCGACAAGAGGAAGCAAGUCACCGUUCUCAAGGACUUACUGGCAAGAUCACACACCAAUUGGGCCUACUCCAUGGUAGUGACAACAUCCAACAUCAUGGCAACGCAUUUGGCUCACUUUAUCAACACCUUGUACAUACACCUCAUCAACCAGCCCCACUACAACAGGGGCAACAAGCAUGAACAGGGCCAAAUUGUCAACACGCAACUCCCCAAGGCCGCCAACGCCAUCAUGAAAGUCAAACAAGACGCCAAGGGCUCGUCGGACAAGCGCUACCUCAUCGUGUUGGACGGCCUGUGGCCAGAGGUCUUUGCCACCGGAGGAGGUCAGCUUGUGCUCAUCAAGAGUGAGCUCCUGCCUGUGGAUGUCUACCUCAGCGGCAAUGGCAAGGGCAUGCCAGUGCAAGGUGCUCUGUGCUGCGACUGCGCAAUCGGCAGCGACGUCAACAGGUUGGAACAUGCGUUCCACAUGGAACUCGACACUGUGGUUGCCUACGCCUUGUUGGAGUGCCACGAUUAUCUCGCUCUGACGAACCUGGCAGACCGCAGCAAGGUCAUGCCACUUGCCUACAGCCCGCGACCAGUGCUCGCAGGCGAAAUGUACAUAGGUUGCGACGACGCCCAGGUCUGGCACUGGUUGUUUGGCAAGAAACGCAAAGCGUAUGUUGCACUCACGCAACAAUAA